AUGGAUGAGGAAGAAGUUAAGGAGGUAAAAAUGAUUAUUAUGGAUGAGGAAGAAGUCAAGGAAGAAAAAGAUGUCAUGGACGGAGAAGAUGUUAUGAAAGGAGAAGAAGUUAGGAAAAGAAAGGAAGUUAAAGAAGGAGAAGAAGUUAAGGAUGAGUUGAGGAUGGAUUCAGGAAGAAAGAUCUCAAAUCUCAAGGAGACACAAAUAGUCAUGGAAUCACACCAUCAACAAGAUUUAGGGUUUAUUUAA